ACUUGUAGGCAGCGAGGUGGUGUUAGUUUGGCGGUCUGCUGCUUCGUGUCGAAGUUUGUUUCGGUGCAGGCUGUGUAAAAAUCUGUGUGUUGGCCAUAGGGUUUCAUCGAAGUUUCCUAGUGGCUCGGAGGCUCCAUUCGACUGCUCCAUACCGUCACGACUUCGAGAACCGGUGCAGCCUAUCCGCCCACGACGUUCAAAGUCGUGUCCAGGAUUCAAGCAAACCGUGACUCCUGGCUGCAGGAGCGCUCGCCGCUGGACGUUCAUCGUCCCCGUUUGUCAUGGUGUUCCAGUGAUUCUGGAUGGUGACUGACGUCCGUGACUUUUUUUGUUGUCGCAGUCAUGGCUACAGCAGAGAACCACGCGGCCAACACAUGGCCAUGGUCAAGCCAGAUGUUCGGCAGUGAAGAUGCAGCAAAUAGAGUAACUCGACUUCAACCAGCCAAGCUCAUCAGGAACCCAUCACCCAGCCAAGCAACUCGGUCUCCGCCAGCCACAGCACCCAAACCGGCAAAGCCUGCUCUAAAACCCCAGGCCACUCACGCAUCUCCCUCCAAGCCCACCGGCGUCUCUGCAAUGAUAGCAGCCUUGAAUUCAGCUGGCCAAGAAGGGAAACUGGCUGGAACUCUACCUUCAAAACCUAGUCGAGCCCCCCAGCCUCCUCCUCGACCAAAGCCCGCCACUCCCCACAACACAGCAAGAGCAGUGGAAACUAAGGAUCCCGCUACGGUUCAAAGAGUGCAGCCAGUAGUGACUUCUGAUCCUGUGUCUCCUCCACGACCACCUCUCUGUGACCGCGCACUACUAGCGGCUGGCGGUAACCAAUCAAUGGGCACGCAGGUGGCGACAUCUGCCCCAGCUGAUCCCAAGCCCUCUCCGAAACCUGGUCAAGCUGUUCCUUUCAGGUCUGCUAGUGUCUCUACAUUUGAAUCUAGUUUUGAAUCGGAUAGGCAAGAAACAGGGAGACUGUCCCCGGAUCGAGCCCCAAAGCCAAAACAGCGCCCAAACUCCACGUCAAUUGCCAGCACAGCUAGCUUGGCCAGGAGCCCAGCAAUAGCAGUUGGCAAAGACCCGGGCGGACACGCAGUGCAGCAUGUACAGCGGCCAGCUCCCGCCGCAGAAGGUAUGUCUGUCAAGCCCAUUGCUCUGCCUAAGACUGGAUGCUUGUCGAUCGCCAAGACGCCAACAGGAAAUUUAGCAAAGCUUACCCGGGCAAACUCUCUGACUUUGCAGGGUCAAGCAGGCAACACAGGGCCAUGGUCAAGCCAGGAGUUCCGCAGUGAAGAUGCAGCGAAAAGAGUAACUCGACGUCAACCAGCCCAGUUCAUCAGGAACCCGUUACCAUCACCCAGCCAAGCAACUCAGUCUCCGCCAGCCACAGGACCCAAACCAAAGCCUGUUGUUGAACCCCAGGCUACUCACGCAUCUUCUUCCAAGCCCACCAGUGUCUCCACAAGGAAGGUAGCCUUGAAUUCAGCCGACCAGGAAGGGAAACUGGCUAGAACUCAGCCUUUGAAAUCCAGUCGAGCCCCCCAGCCUCCUACUCGCCCAACGCCCGCCACUCCCCACAACACAGCAAGAACAGUGGAAACUAAGGAUCCCGCUACGGUUCACAGAGUGCAGCCGGUAAUGACUUCUGCUCCUGUGUCUCCUCCACGACCACCGCUCCCUGACCGCGCACUACUAGCGACAGGCGAUAACCAACCAGUCGGCACUGAGGCGGCGACAUCUGGCCCAGCUGAUCCCAAGCCCUCACCGAAACCUGGUCAAGCUGUUCCUUUCAGGUCUGCUAGUGUCUUUACAUUUGAAUCUAGUUUUGAAUCAGAUAGGUACGAAACAGGGAGACUGUCCCCGGAUCGAGCCCCAAAGCCAAAACAGCGCCCAAACUCCACGUCAAUUGCCAGCACAGCUAGCUUGGCCAGGAGCCCAGCAAUAGCAGUUGGCAAAGACCCGGGCGGACACGCAGUGCAGCAUGAACAGCGGUCAGUGCGCACCGCAGAAGGCAUAUCUGCCAAGCACAUUGCUCUGCCUAAGACUGGAUGCUUGUCGAUCGCCAAGACGCCAACAGGAGAUUCAGCAACGCUUACCCGGGCAAACUCUCUGUGUCAAGCAGACAACACAGGGCCAUGGUCAAGCCAGGAGUUCCGCAGUGAAGAUGCAGCGAAAAGAGUAACUCGACGUCAACCAGCCCAGUUCAUCAGGAACCCGUUACCAUCACCCAGCCAAGCAACUCAGUCUCCGCCAGCCACAGGACCCAAACCAAAGCCUGUUGUUGAACCCCAGGCUACUCACGCAUCUUCUUCCAGGCCCACCAGUGUCUCCGCAAGGAAGGUAGCCUUGAAUUCAGCCGACCAGGAAGGGAAACUGGCUGGAACUCAGCCUUUGAAAUCCAGUCGAGCCCCCCAGCCUCCUACUCGCCCAACGCCCGCUACUCCCCACAACACAGCAAGAACAGUGGAAACUAAGGAUCCCACUACGGUUCACAGAGUGCAGCCGGUAGUGACUUCUGCUCCUGUGUCUCCUCCACGACCACCGCUCCCUGACCGCGCACUACUAGCGACAGGCGAUAACCAACCAGUCGGCACUGAGGCGGCGACAUCUGGCCCAGCUGAUCCCAAACCCUCACCGAAACCUGGUCAAGCUGUUCCUUUCAGGUCUGCUAGUGUCUCUACAUUUGAAUCUAGUUUUGAAUCAGAUAGGUACGAAACAGGGAGACUGUCCCCGGAUCGAGCCCCAAAGCCAAAACAGCGCCCACACUCCACGUCAAUUGCCAGCACAGCUAGCUUGGCCAGGAGCCCAGCAAUAGCAGUUGGCAAAGACCCGGGCGGACACGCAGUGGAGCAUGUACAGCGGUCAGUGCGCACCGCAGAAGGCAUAUCUGCCAAGCACAUUGCUCUGCCUAAGACUGGAUGCUUGUCGAUCGCCAAGACGCCAACAGGAGAUUCAGCAACGCUUACCCGGGCAAACUCUCUGGGUCAAGCAGACAACACAGGGCCAUGGUCAAGCCAGGAGUUCCGCAGUGAAGAUGCAGCGAAUAGAGUAACUCGACGUCAACCAGCCCAGUUCAUCAGGAACCCACCACCAUCACCCAGCCAAGCAACUCGGUCUCCGCCAGCUACAGCACCCAAACCAAAGCGUGUUGUUGAGCCCCAGGCUACUCACGCAUCUCCCCCCAAGCCCACCAGUGUCUCCGCAAGGAUGGUAGCCUUGAAUUCAGCCGGCCAGGAAGGGAAACUGGCUGGAACUCAGCCUUUGAAAUCCAGUCGAGCCCCCCAGCCUCCUACUCGCCCAACGCCCGCCACUCCCCACAACACAGCAAGAACAGUGGAAACCAAGGAUCCCGCUACGGUUCACAGAGUGCAGCCGGUAGUGACUUCUGCUCCUGUGUCUCCUCCACGACCACCGCUCCCUGACCGCGCACUACUAGCGACAGGCGAUAACCAACCAGUAGGCACUGAGGCGGCGACAUCUGGCCCAGCUGAUCCCAAGCCCUGUCCGAAACCUGGUCAAGCUGUUCCUUUCAGGUCUGCUAGUGUCUCUACAUUUGAAUCUAGUUUCGAAUCGGAUAGGUACGAAACAGUCAGACUGACCUCAAAUCAAGCCCCAAAGCCGAAACCGCGCCGAAAUUCCAUAGCCGAUGCCAGGGCAGCUAGCUUAGCCAUUAACCCAGCAAUAGCUGUUGGCAAAGACCCAGAUGGACAUGCAGUGCAGCAUGUACAGCGGCCAGCGCCUGCCGCAGAAGGUAUGUCUGCCAAGCCCACUGCUCUGCCUAAGACUGGACACUUUGGGAGCCGCAAGAAGGCAACAGGAGAUUCAGCUAUGCCUUCCCAGCCAACCUCUCCAGGUCAAGCAGGCAACACAGGGCCAUGUUCAAGCCAGGAGUUCCGCAAUGAAGAUGCAGCGAAAAGAGUAACUCGACGUCAACCAGCCCAGUUCAUCAGGAGCCCAUUACCAUCACCCAGCCAAGCAACUCAGUCUCCGCCAGCCACAGCACCCGAACUAAAGCCUGUUGUCGAACCCCAGGCUACUCACACGUCUCCCUCCAAGCCCGGCAGUGUCUCCGCAAGGAAGGUAGCCUUGAAUUCAGCCGGCCAGGAAGGGAAACUGGCUGGAACUCAGCCUUUGAAAUCCAGUCGAGCCCCCCAGCCUCCUACACGCCCAACGCCCGCCACUCCCCACAACACAGCAAGCAAAGUGGAAACUAAGGAUCCCGCUACUGUUCACAGAGUGCAGCCGGUAGUGACUUCUGAUCCAGUGUCUCCUCCACGACCACCGCUCUGUGACCGCGCACUACUAGCGGCUGGCGGUAACCGACCAGAUGGCACUCAGGCGGCGACAUCCACCCCAGCUGGUCCCAAGCCUUCUUCUAAACCUAGACAAGCUGUUCCUUCCAAGUCUGCUAGUGACUCCACACUAGCAUCCAGUUUUGAAUCGGAUAGGUACGAAACAGUCAGACUGGCUUCGAAUCAAGCACCAGAGCAAAAACCGCACCAAAAGUCUCAAGCUGGUACCAGGCCAGCUAGCUUAGCCAUUAACCAAGCAAUAGCUGUUGGCAAAGACCCUGAUAAACAUGCAGUGCAGCAUGUCCAGCGACCAGCGCCCCCCGCAGAAACCUUAUCUGCCAAGCAAACUGCUCCGUCUAAGACUGGACGCUUUUGGAGCCGCAAGAAGGCAACAGGAGAUUCAGCAACGUCUCCCCGGGCAAACUCCCAUGCUCAAGCAGGCAACACAGGGUCAUUGACAAGCCAGGAGUUCCGCAAAUGGUUCAAACGUCUCCAAGCAAUGCAAAGCCGUGGCGUAAUCCGCACUGCAUGCUAUGUCAAAGAUCUGCUCACCAAUACGCGGAAGAAGGAAUUGAUGGGAGUAGAUUAUGAUUCGGCCAAGCACAUUGACCGACUGCUAGAUAUGCUAAGCCAUGUUUCUCCAGAAUGCACGAAAGACUGUACAACCAUAGUAGAGCUGGUGAAAGAGUUCUCAGCACCGGAACGUCGACGGGUGGUCCACACUGUCGAAGAUGUGGCACGAAUGCGCGCGUCACAGACUGUCCUCGGCAGGAGAAAGAAACCCAUCCGCUUACCACAGCCAACCUCGCCUAAGAGCGUAGACCUGCUGAGGAUGCAGAAUAUGGGAGAAGAAAAACGGCAAGCGGUGUUGACUGAAAUCGACCGUUUGGCGUCCAACACUAUCAUCAUUGAUGACAUGAAGGAGUGUGCAGAUGAGGCAGGGAAGUACCAGGGUCGCGUGACACGGGCGGACGGCCGAGUCGAAAAAUCGCCAGCUGAUAUACAUAGAGAGUUAAGUAGGCACCCUUGUUUCAUCAGCAUGGCCACUGGAUCUGCCAGGGACGGCCGCAGUAUCUCAGAGACCAAGCAGUACUUGAAGGAUACUGGCUUCAUCGACGACCACACUGUCAUCACAGAGAUCACUGAGCAUCAAAUGGUGCUAGGCCCUGUGACUAGGCUGGCCAUUCGUGACAGCAAACGACUGAAGUUUAAAGACGAGAGGUCGUCUAUAGUGAAGAUCAUCAUUGACUUUGAGUACAAUCACAAAGGCCGCCCAAGCUUCGUUGACAGAGUCGUACGCAACCUCCGCGCUCUCCUUGGUGAUGAGAGUAUCCACGCCGACAGCGUACACGGGGAGAGCGGAGGCACGGCGGUGUUUGUACAGAUGUCUGCCAAGGCUCAUGCAAGGCUCUGGGAGUUCUGUAAGGACCGAUCUAGCCUGCUCGCUGGUCAGCACAUUCUCGAAGUCUCUACUGUGGACGGAGCGGUAGUUCUCAAUUUCUGCCCCACAGCAUGCAGUGACGAAGGUAUCACUCCCGAGGACCAGAAGUGCGUGGUUGACGAGUUCUCCAAGAGGUUUCCAUCCUUGCGCCAAGAUGAGCUGUCUGUCGCUGUGGCUGACCAACCGGACGUUGAGCAUGCAGUGAUAGCAGCGACAAAGCUCGUCUUCGAUGAAGACGGAGCAUGCUUGAAUGCACUGCCUGAGAUUCUUGGUGCACUUCGGAAGUGGGUGGACUUCAAGGCGAUCCGCAUCCGUGAGCGAGGGGAGAGGCUGAAACGCAUCCGUAAUGUUGUGGCCGAGACCCCCCAACGUGUGUAUGCUGUUGGACUGUAUCUUUUGGCGGCGGUUUUCCCGGACGGUCCGAAAGCGGCAAUCAUUAACAAAGCCCAUCCGUCAACUAGCCCGUUUGAGUUGUUCGACGCAGUGACAGAAUUGUGGUGCGAUCAUUACGAGGUGAUGAGCGGCAAGGACCUGCAUCAAGCUGUGAAACGUGAGAUUGGCAGUGGAGUGGCGAAGACCAUCGAGGAAUUCUGCAUUGUCUGAACUUCAGGUGUUUGAAGUCAGCAAUCACUCUACUUGUGCUUCGAGUCAUGCAGUCGUCAUCCUGUCAAUGAUGGCAUCCAUUAUCACUGCGCUGCAAGUGGUCGGGCAGCGGAGGUGAUCCUGCGUGGCCCACAUUAUCACUGCGCUGCAAGUGGUCCGGAAGCGGAGGUGAUCCUGCGUGGCCCACAUUAUCACUGCGCUGCAAGUGGUCCGGAAGCGGAGGUGAUCCUGCGUGGCCCACAAUAUCACUGCGCUGCAAGUUGUCCGGAAGCGGAGGUGAUCCUGCGUGGCCCACAUUAUCACUGCGCUGCAAGUUGUCCGGAAGCGGAGGUGAUCCUACGUGGCCCACAUUAUCACUGCGCUGCAAGUUGUCCGGAAGCGGAGGUGAUCCUGCGUGGCCCACACUGCCAAGCACACUCAUACAGUGUUACUCAAUGAAAUCCGGUCGCGUCACUUCAGUUUGCGCCUUGCAUCGUUUCGCAGCCCAGUGUUCGCCGGUCUGGGGCCGCGCAACGCCCGGCGCGUACCUGAGUGAUGCGACUGGAUUUCAUUGAGCAACACUUUAUAAUAUUAUCUCCUGAUUCUCCUCUUACUCUUAGAAUAACUUGAACUGUCCACCUCUCCACACUGCACUCUUGAUUUUGGCCCACAGUCACCACACCAUACUCCAUAGCCAGGAAGUUAGUUCCGUUCUUGGAUAGAUGCUCCCUAUCCUCCAGACAGCUGUUUCGCUCAUUGAGAGUUAAAAUACCACUAAAUAAUACUAGCCAGAAGGAAAUAGAUUCUGGCUAAACCUAUCAGUGAGAUGUUGAUGAUGUAUGGUGAUUAGGCAUUGGCGGAUAAUGCUCGAAAAGGUGGCAGAUUCUGCUCGAAAAGCAGUGAAAUUGGCAGAACCAUACAAACCUUAUGGCGGGCAAUUCCUCGAAUUCUGCUCCAUUUCUUUAUCCACAUACCAAACAUGCAUGAAACUUACCAGAAAAAGUACCGAAUUCUGCCAAUUUUUCUGCCGGCAUUAUCCGCAUAAUUAUGCCUAAUGGUGAUGACGGUGACACUUAGUAUUAUUACUUGUAUUAUUACGUGAAUUAUUUCUAUCGCUGUUCUAACCUGGAUUGACUGGGUGUUAGCGGCCGUCAUGAGUUCCGUCGGGAACGGGCACGGUCAUUUACUGUUUCCUUCUAAGCUUGAUAUCUUCAUCUCACAUGUUUGUGUAAUAUCUGCUCAUCUCUUCCUUUUUCUGCACCUGGUUUUCCUUGGCAUUGCAUAACCGGCCCUGUGACAAAAGGCACAAUAAGCUUGAUACAAUUUUUAUAAUGAUAUUUUUCAAAUUCAGUUUGCCCUCAUGA